CUGCCGCAAUUUAUUGCCCCCGCGACCCCCCACACAAAGCUUCCCUCCCCUCCCCCCCCCCUAAUCCAGCGCGGCCAUGCCGAGGCUCCACCUCGGCUCCGGAUCGUAAGCCCGAAGCUCGGGCUCUCGUCCGUGCUUACUUGCUUGCUUCGAGCGGUGGGCUCGGUGCGGAGCACUACAAGGACCAUGAGCAACUCGUCGUGGACGGCGCCGGGGUCGUCGGCGCUGGAGACGGUGGAGACCAAGAUCAGCCCCAGCAUCCUCUUCAUCGUGGCGGUGCUGGCGAUCGUCUUCUUCGUCUGCGGCCUGCUGCACCUGCUGGCGCGCCACCUGCUGCGGCUGCGGCGCCGGCGUCGGGCGGCCCGCGACGACGCCGAGGGCAGCGUCACCGCCUUCCAGGGCCAGCUGCAGCAGCUCUUCCACCUCCACGACGCCGGCGUCGACCAGGCCUUCAUCGACGCGCUCCCCGUCUUCCUCUACCGCAACGUCGUCGUCGGCGCCGGAGAGGGCGGCAAGGACCCGUUCGACUGCGCCGUCUGCCUCUGCGAGUUCGCGCCGGACGACCAGCUCCGGCUGCUGCCCAAGUGCAGCCACGCGUUCCACCUCGAGUGCAUCGACACCUGGCUGCUCUCGCACUCCACCUGCCCGCUCUGCCGCCAAAGCCUCCUCGCCGCCGGCGACCUCGAGCCCACCUGCAGCCCGGUGCUCAUGGUGCUCGAGUCCGCCGAGAGCUCCCGCGACCUGGCAGGCUCGGCCAGGCGCGCCGACGCCGAGCCGAGCGGCGUGGCCGUGCGCGUCCCGGGGCUCGACGGGGCCGAGGAGGUGGUCGAGGUGAAGCUGGGCAAGUUCAUGUGCGUGGAGGCCGGCGCCGGCGCAGGGGACGGAGCGGGCACCAGCAGCGACGCCAAUGCCGACGCCGACGCAGGGCUCGGGCAGAGGCGGUGCCACUCCAUGGGCUCCUACGAGUACGUCAUGGAGGAGCAGGCGUCGCUCCGCGUGGCCAUCGCCAAGCCGCCGCCCAAGAAGAAGCGGCCGGCGUUCUCCAGGGCGCGGCGCGGCGGCGGCGCCAUGUCGGAGUGCGAGUUCGGCGCGUCCAGGCGCCGCGGGGAAUCCUCCUCGCUCCGCUACCCGGUGAUCCCGGCGACGACAACACGGAAGCAGCAGCCUCCCCCCGACCUGCCCGCCGCGGCGAAGCUCACCAAGGACAGCUUCUCCGAGUCCAAGAUCUGGAUGGUGCCGCCGGCGUCGUCCAGGAAAGGGGACCCCGAGGCGGGCGGGCGGCGGACGGUGUCGUUCCGGUGGCCGAUGAGGAGCGGCAGCAAGGACGGCGAGGAGGAGGCAGGGGGCGAGCGCAAGAGCGGGAGCGAGGCGGACUGGGGCGACGUGGAGACGGGCAGCGGCGGCGGCAACAGCGUGGUGUCGUCGCUCGCGGAGGAGCGGCCGUCGUUCGCCCGGCGCACCCUGCUCUGGGUCGUCGGCGGCCGGCCGCAGUCCAACCGAGUCGGAGACUGCUCGUGACCAGACCAGCAUCGCCAUUGUCGAUCAACACCCCAACGAAAGAGAAAAAUGAAACCAAAUUCUUUCUUUUGUUCAGUUAGUUAAGAAUCUCUUCUUCUUCCUCCGUCCUCGUAGAUCGCCAGUGGUUGCAAAUUCGCAGCGGCGAGUAUAACCUGUAAAACCCACAAGAUCCCUCAGCAGCAGAUCAUUUCAGAUCAACUCAGCUGCCGUGUUGACCUGGCGAGCAAAUCGUUUCAGAUCGCUGGUGAA